ACACACCUAAAGUCUGUCAGAGUAUGUUGGCUUUUGAUUGGUCAACGGUGAUGCGCUUUGGCCAAUCACUGAGCCUUUUACAGGGACGACAGCGUUAUAAUUUGAAACCACACUUGCGCUCAAGGUCUUCUCACAUCUGUAAGGACAGCACGGUGACACCAUGGGUUUGCUCUCCGGACUGAUGAGGGGUCUGGUGAGAGGAGCAGAUCGGAUGUCCGAGUUCACCAGUAAACGUGGUGGAAGGACGCACUAUAAAAGCAGAGGAGCAAGGCCCACUGGGCGGAUCCUGCCCAGCCAGAAGUUUGUGGCCAUAAAAGCUAUGAUUCCUGAGUUUAUUGUGCCAAACUUAGAGGGAUUCAAACUUAAACCUUACGUGUCUUAUCGAUGCACCGAAGGAACAGAACCGCCAGUCACAGCUCAGAGUAUCUUUGACGAAGUCGUGGCCCCUCAGAUCAAGAAAGACUUUGAAGCAGGCACUUUUGACAAGGACCAGCUGGAGAAAUAUGGAUUUGAGCCAACACAGGAGGGGAAGCUGUUCAAACUGUAUCCCAAGAACUCUAUACGUUAAAGAUGAGCUCCACAUUUAGACACACACGGACGGUCAAGUCAGAAAGUCUAAAUCAUGUUUCCAAACAGAUGUUCUGCAUGUGGCACUGUACGGAUUCUGUUGUCAAGUCAAAGUUGUAGAAUAAAGGUUGCUCAUAAGUGAGGAUGAUCCAUGCUUCAGAAUUGUGAAUU